UUUAAAUUUUAUACGAAACUCAUUUGGAUGUAUGGUCUUGGAGUGCUAUGGUUUGACUGAGUGCUCGGCAUUUGUUACAAUCACCCAAUGCGGCGAUCAAUCAUCCGGCUCUUUGGGUCCGCCGUUGAGCUUUAACUCUGUUAAGUUAAUGGACGUUAAAGAGUUGAAUAUUGUGGCCAAUAAAGAUGGCAUAGGAGAGAUAUGCGUUAAGGGAACCAACGUUUUCUCCGGAUUCUACAAUAACCCGGAGUUCAGCGAACAACUGUUCGACGCCGACGGUUGGUUUCAUACGGGAGACGUCGGCCAAUGGCUUAAGAACGGGACAUUGAAAAUACUGGACCGAAAACAGGAUAUCUUUCAGUUGACUAAUUCAUUGGAGUCGGAUCUGGUCUGUCCCGACAAGAUUGAAAACAUAUAUAUUCAGUCACAAUACGUGGGACAGGUCUAUAUCGAUGCCAACUAUUUUCAGUCAUCGUUAUUAGCUAUUAUCAUACCAGACGUGGACGGCAUAAAUCUAUGGUGCAGUGAGAACAACAUGUUGUUAUCGGCAGCCGAGGCCUGCAAGAAUGUGGCCUUUAAAAAUACUGUAUUGAAUGAUAUACUGAAUAUUGGAAAGCGUGAAGGAUUAUCAUCUACUGAACAGGUAACGGAUAUCGCUCUCCAUAGCGAGCCGUUCACUCAAGAGAGCGGUUUUCUGACGCCAACCAUGAAAUUGAAGAGACAUGAGUGCAGAGUACACUUCAGGGAACUUAUCGAAGAAGUCUCAAAAAAUAAGGACAAACAGGAGGUCCAGAAGAUUAUCUAAUAAUAAAAAACUAUAAAAAACAAAAAACAAGAAAAUGAGGGAAAGUUUUAUCAUUUAAAAAAUAUUUCCAAACAACAAAAAAAACAUUUUUCUUCAAACAAACCAAAAAUAAUAAUUGCUUUCGUUUCACACUUUCAUUUAUCAAACACACAACUAAUUGCUAUCACUUAAUCAAUCAAUUAAUUUCGAUUUUUAUAUAUAUAUAUACUGUACUUAAUAUUUUGCAAUGUGAUUAAUGUACACAAAAAUUUAUUAUUUACUCAAAAGAUUGUAUCA